GAAGAAGUAAUAAACAUUCAAAUGAAAGUUGGUAUGGCAGCGAGUGACAAACAAAACAACGUCAAAGAUGUUUAAAGCACAACAUACAUUUUCCGAAGAGCCAAAUCUUUAUUCUACAAGUAAUUACACCAUGGAAAAUUCUUAUUGUCUUUGUGGUCAGCCUUAUAACCCGAACAUUUUCAUGAUACAAUGUGAUGCUUGUAAAGAUUGGUUCCAUAGCAUUUGUUGUAAUUUCUCGGAGUAUACAGCAAUAGAAAUAGACAAAUAUCACUGUCCAAGGUGUGUCCCAGCCUUUGGGCCAUCUAUAAAUAAACCUAUUUGUAACUGGCAUAGACAUGAUUACUGGGAUGAUAAUGCUUCAACAAAACCUGUCCAAACUGGUACACCUGUGUUCAUAAAAGAACUAUGUGCUAGACAUUUUACACCAGAAACAGAUGUAGUUAUGCAUAUGAGGGGACAGCAGCUAACAGAAACGUUUUUGAAGACACAUGGCUUUAAUAAACCUAUAUCCAUAGAUACAAAAGAUGGACUAGAUUUAACUGUACCUCCAGAAAACUUUAGUGUUUAUGAUGUAGAAUCGUUUAUAGGUGGUGAUAUGGAGAUUGACGUUAUUGAUGUUUGUCGCCAAACAAAUAUUAAAAUGAAGCUGAGGGAAUUUGUUGAGUAUUUUAAUAAUUUGAACCGUACCAGAGUGUUCAAUGUGGUUAGUUUGGAGUUUUCAGGCACUGGCCUCUCGGAGCUAGUUGAUGCACCAAGUAUAGCUCGGGCUUUAGAUUGGGCAAACUAUGUAUGGCCAAUAAAUUAUCCUGGAAAGCCACAGGUUCAAAAAUAUUGUUUAAUGAGUGUAAAAGAUUCCUAUACUGAUUUUCAUAUAGACUUUGGUGGAACCAGUGUGUGGUAUCAUGUGUUGAAAGGUGAAAAAAUAUUUUAUUUUGUUAAACCCACUCCAGCAAAUUUAACACUUUAUUCACAGUGGAUGACAUCUACUAGCCAAAGUGAGACAUUCUUUGGAGAUCAGGUUGAUCAGUGUAUUAAGUGUGUAAUAAAACAAGGUCAAACAAUGCUUAUUCCAACAGGAUGGAUCCACGCAGUCUACACUCCAGUUGAUUCUAUAGUUUUUGGAGGAAAUUUCCUACAUUCUCUUAAUAUAGGAAUGCAGUUAAGUGUUUAUGAAAUAGAAAAGAAAAUCAAGACAGAACACAAAUUUCUAUAUCCAAAUUUUGAAAUGAUAAACUGGUUUGCAGCUGUUUAUUUAUUGGAACAACUUGUUGGAAUAAAUAUGCAUGAAAGUAGGUGUCCUGAAUACUUUUUGGCAGGAAUGAAAGCAUUAUUACAAAGUCUUAAGCAUUGGAAUACAGAAAAAGAUUACAACAUGUCUGUAAGAGAACAACUUCCAAUUACGGUGAAUAUUCCAAAACUUUUGAAAGAUAUAGGUAAAGAAAUUCGACAUGCUGAAAGAUAUAUAAUUCAAUUGAAUCCUCCAAAGCCUGAAAGAGAAUCCAAAAGGAAAAGGAAAAAACCAGUGAAUAAAGACUUUGUUGACUAUUCAUUGUUACCGAAAUCCACGUCCCAAGAUUUUAUGCCACUCCAUGAACUACCUCCACCUCCAGCUAGUCCUGUAAAAUACUCUCAUCAAUCGCCUUUAAAACUUACGCUCCCGAAACCUGCUAUGUAUCCUUACGAACGGUCAGUGACAGCUGCGGAAUCGCAGCCUUCGGUAAUUGAUGAAACUAGAAGCCUAGGUACCCCUCAAUGGUUAAAUAUGCCAUUUGAUAGACCUCAAGAAACUGUAGCUAUUCAUAGAGGUGGAACAGUAAUGAAAAUUAAAUUAGGAUCGAAAGAUAUUUUACCACCACAAAUUCCAAAUGCACCACCAACAGACUAUGUGUUCAGAGAUGAAUUGGGAAGCAAUUCCCAAGAUAUUUAUGACUUUCGAGAUGAUAGUGAUAGAGAUGAAGACUGUUUUAACUUUAUGAUAGACGAAUCCCCUCAAAAAAAGCGUAAGAAAUCAAGUGGAAAGGCACGUGUACCUGCUAAGAAAGUAAAAACGCCCCCAGGAGAAGGAUCAAAUGGAAUCGAAUCUCUAAUACAAGCAUCUGCCUUGUCGGUACCUAUAACUCCUGAGGGUGGAACGUCGCCUUCUACACAAGAAGCAAUAGCUGGUAUGCUCUCUAUUAGUCAAAAUUGGUCACCAAACAAAACCCAAAGAAAAAGAUAUGUACAAAGUCCUAUUGAAGAAAAUGUUAAUAAUGUUCAUCAAGAUGAUGAUUAUGUAUAUCCAUCUUUAGACAAUUCCGAUGAUGAGGAAGUACAAAUUUUUAAGACCCGAGGUAAAUCGAAAAUUGACGAGGCGUGGAGUCCAAAGGCAAGAGUUGGUCCAUUGUUGCCGAAAAUGAAUCGACCUGCAAGAGAGGGUACUAAGAAACAAUCAGUAGAGAAAGUUCUUGAAGCUGCAGCAGCCAGAAGGUUACAUGAGAUACCUGAUAAAAAUAAGUCUCCUAAAAGGCAGUACCGCCGUAGGAAAAUUAAACCAAAAUUAGAUAUACGCAGUCCAUCCUCUAGUGCCACCGCAAUACCUAGUACAUCAAUGUCGAAUCCCGUCAUCCCAUCUAGUAGUGGUAUAACACCUAAACCUCGAAAGGGUAUGAAGACUGUUAAACAGCGAUUAGGUAAAAUAUUGAAGAUUCACAAAAUGAUUCACUAAUUUAAUUUAUAGUUUAUUAUUGGUUGAUUGUUUAUAAGGUACUCCUGUUUUCAUUUAUCUAGACAAUACACAUACUCCGGUAUGCUAAUACGCAGACAAUCGCGAUCUCUCCCGCACAAUGUAACGACACUGAUACAAAGACAUGUCUUAAACAUAAAUAUGGUUAUUGAAUUUAAUAGUUAAAUUCUUGAUACAGUUCCCCAGGAAUAUAAUUUCUUCCCUAUUCUGUGAAAUAAGCGACUAUUUAAAAUAUGAUUAACAAAAUUAUGGAAUAAUUCGAUUCAAUAAUAUUAUAAUAUUGAAUAUAUUAUGGGUAUAUUUUAUUUAUUUCUUCAUUAAGCGAAUUGUAUUUGGAUAAAUAAACAAUGUUUUAAUCGUAGAUACUUUGCAUUAUAUGGAGCUAUCCUCUUCGAAAUGAAUGGAAUAAAAUGAAACCGGUUUUAUUUAUAAUUUUACAAGAGAAUCGACAACAACACAAAAUGGAUUUAAUUAUUGGGCAAAAAUAGGAAUUAUAUAAUCUAACUUUCAAAAUCCGUGUGUUAUUUGAUAAUUUACGACAUUUAUAUACCAUAUUUUUAGUUAAUUUUAUUCUCUUGAUGACAGGCUAACUGCUUCGCCAAGUCUUUUUUUUUGGAUAUUCGAAGUAUUUAAUACCCGAUUCUUAGUGUUUUUGCAUGUAGCUACGGUACAACCCGACAUUAUGAUCUUAUAUUAAAAUAUCACAACACAUAAAAAACCGUUAACUGUAAUGUAAUAUUUAUGGCCAAAAAAAAUUUCGAUUCCAGUGUGACAUCAUGCGAGUGGCAUGUCAAAUUUGAACCGACAAUUCAACAUACCGGUGUAUGUGUAUCUUGUUUAUUUAUAUAAUUUCACCAACUACCACACAGUGGCUCAGACAUGUACAAAUCGAUCGAAAAUAUAAUUUACAAACAGUUAUACGAAUUUAUGAACAUAUGCUAAGUCAUAAAACAAAAGUUAGAUACAUUUUAUGUAUGUAUUGAUAGGUUAAAAUCUAGUACAAAAACUUAAAACUCGAAAAAACUAUGUUACUACUAAACUUUGUGUAAAUCUUUAAUGUAUAUCUGAAUAUUCUUGGUGUUAUUUAUGUUAUCAUAAACUGGUCUGAUUUAUGAAGUUUCUUGAUGCAAGGUAAUUGUAUGCAUAUUAAUUUCUAGAGCUGAUAGUACAUCCAAAAAAUAAGGGUACUUUUUCAUAAUGUAAUAAUGAAGGAGAGUAAAAUUGUGAAUAGAAUAUAUUUUUCCAAAUAUCUGCUAAACGGUUUUGAUUGUGGAAAUCACAUUUUAAGAGUAAUAUUAGGAUAAUUCAUUUCAUUCCACCACUCACCCCAUCUCAUAUAAAUACAGGGUGGUUUUUUAGAGCUAUUACGUUAUAUUUUUCCAAUUUUUAAAUAUCGGAAGAAAAUAUUCUAGAAAUGAUUUUCUUAUACUAUUUAAAAAAUUUUAUAAUUUGGUAGAUCACAUUUUUCAAUUAAUUUGUAUUAUUAUCUUAUUGUUGCAGAAAUGUAACAAUUCUAGUAAAAUACAUUUGAUAAAUCGUCGAAUUGAAUUAAAUCAACAGAGAUCUAUCAAAUUAUUAAAAUAGUGUAAAAAAGUCAAAGAAAAUAAUUUGUUUAACACAAUCAUGGGCAAUUAUUAUACAGAUGAUUUUGAAUCUACUCAGUACAUCACCUAUUUUUUUUUUUGAAAAAUAAUUUUUUGGGUGAAAAUAAGUCAGCAUCUUGAACAGAAAUUUUGAUUGUUUUUACGGCAAAAAAUCGACUAUCUGCUAUUAAAUUCAUGUACCUAAAUAUUGAAAAUUUGUGUGUAAAGGGACGCACGAAUGCUACUGCAGACAUGUAGUAGUAAGAACAAAUGUUGACUAACAAAACUACGGACGUUUUUAUAAACUUAUUAUAAAAUUAUUUUUUUAAUAA